CCUUCAAUUAUUUCCACUAUCUUUCUUUAAUUAAUUUCGGCCCAUAAAUUGAAAAAAGCAACCAUUGGUCACAUAUAUAUAUUUGUCUCCCCACAUAAAAUGCUUCCAUAUAAAAAUAAUUUGUCUUCAUAUUGGUUUUCAUCUAAAUUUAAUUUGUACACAUCCUCUUAAAUGUUAAAAGGAUAUACGGGUAGGAAAGUACAUAUUGUUUAAGUGGUCUAAAAUUAUCAUUGAAAUGUCGUUAAUUGUUCACAGUAUAUUAAAAUUUUAAUCGUAAAAUCGUUUUGUAUGGAGUUCUAAUCAUAAUUCUAAACAUCAUGCAAAAUUUUAAAAUCUUAUUACACAAAUGGAACCAAAUUACCUCCUCGGUGACCCAAAACAGUAAUUUUUUUGAGUGCCUCUAAAACCAUAAUUGUAUGAGAAAUAUUGUUUCAAAUAAAUUAAAUUAUGUUUCAAAAAUAGGGAAAUGGUAUUAGUUACAUUAGUGGCGUUAUUCACAACAAAUGAAGUUAUUGCAAUAUAUGAAUUUACGACAUGAUAUCAUAACCUUAUCGAUCGAGAGAUAUAUAUCAUGUUCAGAAUUUUUAUAACCAUUGAUGUUACAAGCGCAAAUCAUGCAUGUUAGACCUCUACAAACAUCAAGUUCAUUAUUAGCAGCGCGCAUUUGAAAUAAAAUCCGUAUAAACUCGAGUUUUGAUCAGUCUCCCCAACCGCUCGAAUUAUUCGCAACCACAUUAUUCCUUCAAUUAAUUUUCACUUCUUUCGAUGCCUUGCCCAAUUUUUGUUUCUUCUCUCCUUUACAAUGUUUGAUUUUGUCUCAAAAAAUCAUUUUGGCCUCUUCCUCGUCUUCUCCUUCAUCACGAGCUCAUGAUACUCUUCUUCCCCAAGCAUAUCAAUGGAAUCCCUAUAAUUGUAUAUAUAUAGCUUCCAUGCCUCUCAUUCCUUGAGAUGUGUGUAUAUAUAGCUCUAGCUGGUGAUAGGGGCUGAAUAUACAGUUAGCCAUAGCAGCCAGCCAGCCAAUAGAAGAUUCAUAGAAAAGCUUGCUGGCUAGAGAGAAAGAGAGAAGAGAAACCAUGGCGUCUAGGGAGAGUAAGAAAUCGAGCUUACUGCAUGAGAACCUGCAACUCCUUCGCUCCAUUACUAACUCUACUGCAGUGAACAGAAGCUCAAUCAUAGUAGAUGCCUCCAACUACAUUCAACAACUCAAACAGAAGAUCGAGAAAUUGAACCACGACAUCCAGUCAGCUGAUCAUCAUCAUCGUCAUCAACCUUCCUCAAGCCGCCACCACCACAACAACAACAACAUUAACCAUACCGGCCAGCAGCUCCCCGUGGUAACGGUGGAAACGCUGGAGAAGAAGGGUUUCCUGAUAAACAUAUUCUCGGAGAAGAACUGCCCCGGCUUGCUGGUAUCCGUGCUGGAGGCUUUCGAGGAUCUCGGCCUCAACGUGGUGGAAGCUAGGGCUUCCUGCUCCGACAGCUUCCGCCUCCAAGCCGUCGGAGGCGGUGGAGAUCAAAACGAUGAUGAAGAAGAAGGGGAGCAGCAGACUAUCGAUCCCCAAGUGAUAAAACAAGCGGUGCUGCAGGCCAUUAACGGCUGGGAUGGAUGACCUUAUGGGAAUAUUAAUCGUCGUUAAAUCGGAGGAUAUCGAUGGUUAAUCCAGGGUUUGGUGGUCCAAAUAAUGGUUUUAUGUUACUGGUGUGUUACUGGUGCUGGUUUUGAGUAGAAACAAAUUAGCAGUUUCAGGACUGUCACUCAACAUGGCUGGGGACAGUAGUGCUACGGCAGGGCGGGGCCGCUUGUAAUUGUCCUGUUUUUUUUUUUUUUUUUCAUUUCUAGUUUGGUUUGAAUUCCCGGUGGAGAGAGCCAAAUACAAUCAAACAUAUGUGUAGUAAACUGGUGCUGUGGUUAUUUGAUCCAACUGUGAAUACUCUGUGUCGUAUUUUAGUUUUCAUGUGUUACUAAGGUUUGCUAGACUAUGAUGAUAAGUUGUGUAGCCGUUCCCACGUGAAAAAUUGUUGCUAUGACUUGAAAUUUGAUCAUAAUUACAAGUUUAAAGUGUAUGAGUUUAUACACCUAUGUUUUUCACUAUUUAAUUUGUAAAACUGUACCUUUCGAGAUUGGAUUAGGGUUUGGUCGAUUGGAGAAGGUGCUUACAUAUAUAAAUUCUCAACCCCUCUCUAAUUUGUAUCUUCGUCAAACACAAAUAUAGUCAAACUCAUCUCCUAGCUAGCUAACACACUAGUGAAUCAUAUAAAUUUGUUUGUUCUCUGCUUUCUUACAAUGUUCUUUUCCCGUUCCAUCACAACAAAACCCACUUUUCACAUUUUUUCUUCUUCUUGCCCAUAGGUACCCUAAUGUGUAAAAGUUUAGAUACGAGAAUAUACUAAACAUUUGUGUUUUGUAGGUCAUGUUACAUUACGGAAAUAAGAAAAGAACGAAGGUCAACAAGUGUAAGAUCCAACAAUGAAAGUGUAGUCUGUUU